ACCGAGUACCGAGUGAGGUCCCUCCUCCGGCAGAGAAAUCGAAAGUUAACAGAAAAAACUCCUCUAUUUGCUGGAAGGUGCAGUUUUUACUGCAAGUUUCGUAACUUACGUUUCUGCGGAAUUUUAACUUCAAUCAACAUGGCAUCUCCUCAGAUUCCGUUUUAUAACCCGAAAAUCCCCUUCACUGGAUCUAUACACGGUGGUCUACAGAAUGGGACUGCGAUCAACAUCAGUGGUCGAGUCCCUUCUUUCGCUGACAGGUUCCAUGUGAAUUUACAGUGUGGCUCCGGGACCAAUGCCGACGUUGCUUUUCAUUUUAACCCGCGGUACAGCUUUUUCUCAUGUGUGGUCACCAACACCUUCCAGCAUGGCAACUGGGGCGUCGAAGAGAGGAAGGACAACUCUGUGUUACAGUCUGACAUGACCUUCACCCUCCUCAUCACAGUCACCCAGAGUUGUUACCAGGUGAUUAUUAACGGCUGCCACUUUAUGGACUACAGGCAUCGUAUUCCAUUUAAUAGAGUGGACACCAUCGCUGUAGUAGGAGAUGUCGAAAUCACCUCUAUUUCCUUUCAAAACCCAAUGUUUCCAGGACAUGGGUUUCCUGCUCAGCCUGGAUUCCCUGCACAGCCUGGAUUCCCUGCACAGCCUGGAUUCCCUGCUCAGCCUGGAUAUUCUUUUCCUAAUUUUACUCAACCUACUUUCCCCUCUUGCCCAGUGUUCCCCCAUCAGCCUGUCAUUCCGGCUCAGCCAGGCUUUCCUUCUUCAAUGUUUGCCGUUCCGUACAAAACUUCCAUCAAUGGUGGACUCAAACCUGGCAAGACUAUCACGAUCCAUGGAAAUGUGCACCCCAAUGCUAACAGGUUCUUAUUGAAUCUCAGCUAUAGUUCUGGGGUUGCUCUGCAUUACAACCCUCGGUUUGAUGAGAACACUGUGGUGAGGAACACCAAGCAGGGAUCGAACUGGGGCAGUGAGGAGCGUACUGGAGGGAUGCCCUUCCACCGGGGGCAGCCUUUCAUGUUGACUAUCCACUGUGACAAUCACAACUUCAAGAUUCUGGUGAACGGGGUGCAGACUCACACCUACCGUUACCGGGUCACCCCUCUCAGAAACAUUCAGACCCUGGAGAUUGAAGGUGACAUCUCACUGUCGUCUGUGAUGGUGUAGACAAACAUCAUCACCCACACAGUCGCAGUAGACUGCAUUAAUUAAACAUUCCAUGCUUAACAAUCAAUCUAAAUCAGUGAUUCCACUUCAAUUAUGUGAUUUUUUUUUUCUGUAGCAGAUGCUUAUAAAAACUAAAAGACUGAAUAGUUUUUUGAAGAAGAUAUUUGAGCGUGUCUUUUCUGAAAGUAAAAUGCAAUAUAUUUCAUUACGUAUAUAUGCUGUGUGACAUCUUUGUCAUGUUUUGCAGUUUGGGAGUUUUCUAUUGUAAAACAUGUCUUGGCUUUAAAAAGUUUGUGAAAUUUUUUCAUUUUUUUCUGGUAAAAGAUUGUACAGUGCAGCUGUACUUUUCUGUAAACAGAGUUUUUCAAUUUAUGCUUUGUUCAAAUAAAGUUUGUGAAGCUCGCAA